AUGGCGGCGGAAGAGAUCCAAGCAAACGACUACGAUAUUUUCCUCCAUCUUCUCUUCUCCUCCCCGCCAUUGCGCAUUCUCCAUACGUAUAUAUCACGAACCAUGAAUUACCUUUGGCCCCCGACCAGGCCACAAGCUCAAUGGGUUUUUGUGGGACCUCUGGCGCAAUUCCCCGACGUCGGCGCUGAUGAGGGCAAUCUAAUCCAGCCACGGGCUUGCAACGCCAAGAGGCUGCCCGGCUGCCGCAUCUUGGUUGUCCCCAAGACGGAUCCUUCGCACGCAGCCGAGAUUGCCAUUCCGUCCGGCGCGGCAACAUCUCCGAGCGAAGGCCAAGACUUAAAGGACCAGGUUGUGGUGUUUCGGUAUCGCAACAAGGUGCACGCCGUCGACCAUCAAUGCCCGCACAAUGCAUAUCCCUUGUCCAAUGGGACGCCCUUUGACAUUGAGGACUUUGGCAUCGUCCUCAGCACAGGUCUGACCUGCCCAAAGCAUGGCUGGUCCUUUGAUAUAUUUACUGGACAGUCGGACCGUGGCCUUUACAAGCUUCCCGUCUGGGAAGUCCAGCUCCGGGAUGUAGAUGGUAAUCCGUGGUCAGGCAGUCUAGCGAAUAGCCCCCCCGACGGCCAAACCGUGUGGGUGCGGAGACGACAGAGAAUCGGCUAA